CCUUCGUGCACCUUCUUCAAGAACCUCCUUUCCUAUUGUGUUUACGAGUGGCCCUUACAGAGAAAGGACAAAAAAAGCUUGAUUUUACCACUUCAAGUUAUGUUUAUUGUUCGAGGAUCCUUCGCCUAGACGUGACUUAUAUCGAAAAAUGACCAAUUCGAUAGAAAUUCCUCUCAGGGACACUGACGAGGUGAUUGAAUUGGAUUUUGAUCAACUUCCAGAUGGGGAAGAAGUACUCGGCAUUCUCCGACAUGAGAAUGCACAGCUGCACAUAUGGGUGGCACUUGCUCAUGAGUACUACAAGCAAGGUAAUAUUGAUGUGUUCAUCAAUAUGCUUGAAACCUCCAGAGUCGAUGCCAACAUCGACUACAGGGAUUAUGAAAAGGAUCAGAUGCGGACGUUGGACAUGCUGGCUGCUUACUACGUCCAACAGGCCAAUCAUGAGAAAAACAAAGAUAGGAAAAGGGAGCUGUUUGCCAAAGCAACAGAUCUAUACACAACAGGAGAUAAAAUUAUUAUGUACGACCAGAACCAUCUUCUGGGGCGAGCAUACUUCUAUCUACUCGAGGGUGAUAAAAUGGAACAAGCUGACACUCAGUUUAAUUUUGUAUUGAGCCAGUCGACAAAUAAUAUACCUUCCCUUCUUGGAAAAGCCUGUAUAGCUUAUAAUAAAAAAGAUUAUCGUGGUGCAUUAGCGUUUUAUAAGAAAGCUCUAAGAACAAAUCCCAAUUGUCCAGCUUCUGUGAGACUCGGAAUGGGCCAUUGUUUCAUGAAAUUAGGAAAUCAGGAAAAAGCAAGACUGGCUUUUGAAAGAGCGUUGGACUUAGAUUCGCAAUGUGUCGGAGCCUUAGUCGGUCUAGCUAUAUUGAGACUAAACAAACAACAGCCUGAAGACAUUAAAGCAGGCGUUCAAAUGCUGUCCAAAGCCUAUACAAUUGACACUACAAAUCCGAUGGUUUUAAACCAUUUGGCAAAUCAUUUUUUCUUCAAAAAGGAUUAUAACAAAGUAAGACAUUUGGCCAUGCAUGCAUUUCACAACACUGAAAAUGAGGCCAUGAGGGCCGAAAGUUGUUACCAGCUUGCAAGGGCUUAUCAUGUACAGGGCGACUAUGACCAAGCUUUUCAAUACUAUUACCAAGCCACUCAGUAUGCUCUUCCGAUGUUCGUUCUACCACAUUUUGGUCUAGGCCAGAUGUACAUUUACAGAGGUGACACAGAAAAUGCAGCUCAGUGUUUUGAGAAAGUGUUAAAAGCUCAGCCGGGUAAUUAUGAGACAAUGAAAAUUGUAGGAUCACUUUAUGCAAGUUCUCCUAGUCAAUCAAAACGGGAUAUAGCAAAAAAUCAUCUUAGAAAGGUAACAGAGCAAUUCCCAGAUGAUGUAGAAGCAUGGAUUGAAUUGGCUCAAAUUCUCGAGCAAUCUGAUUUACAUGGCUCUCUACAGGCUUACGGCACAGCUACUAAAAUUUUAAAAGAAAAAGUUCAAGCAGAUAUUCCACCGGAGAUUCUUAACAAUGUUGCAUGCUUACAUUAUAGAUUAGACAAUCUUGAAGAAGCCAAGAAAAAUUUCGAGGAAUCACUAGCGAGGUCAACGGCAGAAGCGAAACAUGAUAAGAAUUACUACAAUUCCAUAUCUGUAACCACAACUUACAACUUCGCAAGGCUUUGUGAAGCUUUGUGCCAGUUUGAUCAGGCUGAAAAAUUGUACAAAGGAAUGAUCUGGGAACAUCCAAAUUAUGUUGACUGUUAUUUACGAUUGGGUUGCAUGGCAAGAGACAGAGGGCAGAUUUUUGACGCCUCUGAUUGGUUCAAAGAAGCGAUGAGAAUGGACAAUGAUCAUCCUGACGCUUGGUCUCUACUCGGCAACCUUCAUUUGGCUAAACAGCAAUACGGACCAGGACAAAAGAAAUUUGAAAGAAUUCUCAAGUGUGCUGCCACAUCAUCAGACUCUUACUCACAAAUAGCCCUGGGUAAUAUUUGGCUGCAGAUGUUACAUCAGCCAACAAAGGAUAAAUUAAAAGAAAAAGCCCUUCAAGAUAGAGCUCUUGGCAUGUACAAUAAAGUACUAAGAAACGACCCUAGGAACAUUUGGGCAACUAACGGAAUAGGCUGUGUAUUGGCUCAUAAAGGAUACAUCAAUGAAGCCAGAGACAUUUUUGCUCAAGUGCGGGAAGCGACUGCCGAUUUCUGCGAUGUCUGGCUUAAUAUUGCACACAUUUACGUCGAACAGAAGCAGUUCGUUAGUGCUAUACAAAUGUAUGAAAAUUGCCUGAGAAAAUUUUUCAAGUACCAUCAUGUAGAUGUAAUGCUGUAUUUAGCUAGAGCUUGUUACAAAGCAGGAAAACUUAAGGAAGCUAAAAACAUUUUACUAAAGGCGAGGAGAGUGGCACCUCAAGAUACAGUCCUGUUAUAUAAUAUAGCAUUAGUGCUACAAAAGUUAGCCACUCAGAUUUUAAAAGAUGACAAGUCUACAUUAGAUGUUGUACUACAAGCUGUACAUGAACUCACAUUAUCCCAGAGGUAUUUUGAGUAUCUGUUUGCUUACGGUGACAAAAUGAAAUAUGACGUUAAUGCUGCUGAAGUUGAAGCACGACAAUGUCAAGAUCUUCUUUCUCAAGCGCAAUACCAUGUUGCAAGAGCAAGGAGGACUGAUGAGGAGGAGAAACAGCUUAGGGCGAAACAGGAAAAAGAAAGAAAAGCCUUCAGGCUCAAGCAAGAAGAACUACAGAAACUGCAAGAGGAGAAAAGAAGAGCCGAACUGGAGGAAAUGCUGCAGAAAAGGCAAGAGUACAAAGAGAAGACAAAAGGGGCAUUGGUGUUUGGGGAGAUGCCUUCCGAAAAGAAACCCUCAAAAGGAAAGGGCAGGUCAAAAGGAGAAAUAUUAUCAGAUUCUGGGAGUGAAGGGGGAGAAGGGGGCAGAAGUCCUUCUGAACGAAGAGAAAAGGGUGAAAAAAGGAAAAGAGGUCAGGGUGGAAGGAAAAAGAAAAGGGAUAAAAAACAGGCUGCAAGUGAUAGUGAAAGUGGAGGAAGUGACAGGCCGAAAACUAAGAAACCCAGGAAAAUAAGAAAGGAAAAGAAAGACAAAGGACGAGUUGAAAAACUUUCUGCCAAACAACAACUGAAAGUGGUCUCAAAGGCUACAAUAUCCACCAGUGAAUCAGACAGUGACAGCGAUAAAUUGAAAAUCGCUAGUGGGGGUGAAAGCGGGAGUGAUGGUGGAGGAGCCAAAGGUGGCAGAAAGCGCAUAACUUCUUCUGGAAGUGAUAGGUCACGCUCUGCGUCGAGAUCACGUUCAAGAUCUGGCUCUAGGUCCGGAUCUGGAUCAAGGUCACGCUCAAGAUCAAAAUCUCGCUCAAGAUCAAAAUCUCGCUCUAGAUCAAGAUCUUCUAGAUCAAGGUCUCGUUCUCGGUCAAAAUCUCGUUCAAGAUCUCGAUCCAGUUCCAAAUCACGCUCUAGGUCAAAAUCCCGUUCUAGAUCUAAAUCACAAUCAAGGUCAAAAUCCCGGUCUAGAUCUAAAUCACAUUCUAGGUCUAAAUCCCGCUCUAGGUCCAAAUCACAAUCUAGGUCAAAAUCUCGCUCUAGGUCCAAAUCACAAUCAAGAUCCAGAUCUCAUUCUAGGUCUAAAUCACGCUCUAGAUCAAAGUCUCACUCUAGAUCUAAAUCACGUUCAAGAUCUGCAUCGUCUCAUUCAAGGAGUGGUUCAGAAAAAUCAAGAAGUCCAAGUGGUUCUGCAAGAGAUUCUAGAAGUAAGUCGAGAAGCAGAUCAGCUUCUGGCAACAGAUCACCCUCACCAGUGACACGGAAAUCUGUCUCAGGAAGUGAUGAGGAUUCAAACUGAAAUUUGUAAGUUGAUAUAAAGAGAGAGUAAAUGUGUAAAUAAAACCUUUAACAGUGUAAUGAAAAAAAAAUCCCAAUAUUUUCAACAUGUUCUUGCAAACGAACGUUUUUUUCUUUUAUAGCGAUUGACCAAUUUGUCAUACUAAUUUCAACAAUAUUUAAACCUUACCAAUUGUUGUAAAUCCAAUUAUUUAUAAACUUCGUAAAUUUUGGUUUGUAAUAAACUUUUUUUCUUUCUUUUUUUUUUAAUACUUCUGUGUUUCAAUUUAUCCGUAACACCUUUCUGAAUGAUUUUUCUUAAAAUAUGGCAAACUCAUUUAGCAGCAAUAAAUAUCGUUACACAACUUA